AUGACCGCUCAGAUCAUCGACGGCACUAUCAUAGCAAAGUCUAUUCGCAAUGAUGUCGCACAGAAAAUCAAGGCGUUCCAAGCUCAAUACCCUCGGUUCCAACCCCAGCUUGUAGUCGUGCAAGCUGGCGAACGCCCUGAUUCGAGCACAUACAUUCGCAUGAAAGCUAAAGCUGCAGAGGAAGUCGGCAUUAAGUUUAAUCACGUCAACGUCCCAGAAGCAGCUACGGCCGACGAGAUCAUCCAGGUCGUUAAGAAGCUUUCGGAUGAUGAAACUAUUAGUGGCGUCCUUGUUCAGCUGCCUCUUGGACCUCAUGUUGAUGCAGACGGCACCCGCGCUGUCACUGAGGCGGUUUGUCCCGAGAAAGAUGUUGACGGUUUCCAUGCAUACAAUAUAGGACACUUGUCUUCGCGUGCUGCUUCCCCGUUAUUCGUUCCUUGUACACCAGCAGCUGUUAUUCGUCUGCUGGAGAGUACUGGCGUAUCCAUCGCUGGGUCAACCGCAGUCGUGCUGGGUCGUAGCGACAUUGUUGGCAACCCUGUGGCUGCACUCCUGAGAAGCCGUGAUGCAACUGUCACCCAAUGCCACAGUCGCACCAAGAACAUUGAACAGAUCGUCAGACAAGCUGAUAUCGUGGUAGCUGCUAUCGGCCAGUCAGCAUUUGUCAAAGGUUCGUGGGUGAAACCUGGCGCAGUCGUUAUCGAUGUUGGCAUCAACUUCGUUCCGGACGCGACCAAGAAAUCAGGUCAACGCCUGGUCGGAGAUGUGGAUGAAGACGCGUUUGCUGUGGCAUCGCACAUCACCCCUGUUCCAGGAGGUGUUGGUCCCAUGACUGUCGCUUUGCUAAUGGAGAAUGUAUACAACUCUGCUGUUCGUCUCUGGCAAAAGGCUCGAGAGCGUAAGAUCAAACCCUUGGCACUUGACAUCAAGGAGAAAGUUCCCAGCGACAUCGAGAUUGCUAUGGCUCAAAUCCCAAAACCCGUCACUCAGCUCGCAAAAGAGAUGGGACUCCUACCCGACGAACUUGAAAGCUAUGGCAAGUUCAAGGCCAAGGUCGAGCUCAGUGUGUUGGAUCGCUUGGCACACCGGAAAGAUGGGAAAUACAUUGUCAUUGCUGGUAUCACACCCACUCCUCUGGGUGAGGGCAAGUCUACGACUACCAUUGGUCUUGCCCAGGCACUGGGGGCGCAUCUUGGACGUCCGGCAUUCGCCUGUGUGCGGCAACCUUCUCAAGGACCGACAUUCGGUAUCAAAGGUGGAGCUGCUGGUGGAGGUUACAGUCAAGUAAUUCCUAUGGAUGAGUUCAACCUUCAUUUGACCGGUGACAUACACGCUGUCACGGCUGCCAAUAACUUACUGGCUGCUGCUCUUGACGCUCGUAUCUUCCACGAAGCGACUCAGAGUGACAAGGGUCUCUUCAGUCGUCUUGUGCCCUCCAAAAAGGGCAAGCGCGAGUUCGCACCCCUGAUGCUCAAGCGCUUGAAGAAGCUUGGUAUCGACAAAACCAACCCGAACGACCUGACACCCGAGGAAAUUAACCUCUUUGCUCGCCUUGACAUCGACGCCGAGACGAUCACUUGGAACCGUGUUCUCGAUACCAAUGACCGUUUCUUGCGCAAAGUCACACUUGGCCGUAACCCUACUGAGAAAGGCCACGAGCGCGAGGCUGGGUUUGACAUCGCUGUGGCUAGUGAAUGUAUGGCCGUGCUUGCGUUGACCACUGAUCUCGUUGAUAUGCGAGAGAGGCUGGGCAACAUGGUCGUCGCAACAAGCAAGCGCGGAGAAGCUAUCACUGCUGAUGACAUUGGUGUUGGAGGUGCACUUGCUGUUCUCAUGAAGGACACGGUCAAGCCCAACUUGAUGCAAACGCUCGAGGGUACCCCUGUUUUCGUCCAUGCUGGCCCUUUCGCUAACAUCGCCCACGGAAACUCCUCCAUCCUCGCUGAUCGUAUCGCUCUCAAGCUCGCAGGAACUGAGGAGGGCGACUCUUCCGACCGCGUUGGCUAUGUGCUGACUGAGGGUGGUUUCGGAGCUGACAUGGGCAUGGAGAAGUUCUGCAAUAUCAAGUGUCGUGUUAGUGGCCUGAAGCCUGAUGCUACCGUCAUCGUUGCCACUACUCGUGCACUCAAGAUGCACGGUGGUGGACCUGAGGUGACACCUGGCAAGCCUUUGGCUGAUACCUACACCAAGGAGGAUCUUGUCACCCUCAAGGAAGGUUGCCAGAAUCUCACUAGGCACAUCGAGAACUCCAAGAAGUUCGGUGUCAAGGUUAUCAUUGCUAUCAACCAAUUUUCUUCGGAUACCCCUGCCGAACUUGAGCUCAUCCGUCGGGAAGCUCUCGCUGCUGGUGCCGAUGCCGCGAUAGUGAGCAACCACUGGGCAGAAGGUGGUGCUGGUGCACGUGCCCUUGCCGAGGCAGUCAUUGCAACUUGCGAAGGAGAAUCCGGCUUCAGAUUCCUCUACGACCUCAACCUCCCCAUCGCUCAAAAGAUCGAGAUAAUCUGCAAGGAAAUAUACCGCGCGGCUGGCAUCGAACUUAGCGAGCAUGCCAGCAAGCAGAUAGAAACUUAUACUCGGCAAGGCUACGGCAACCUGCCUAUUUGUAUGGCAAAGACCCAAUAUUCAUUCUCUCAUAAUCCGUCACUUAAAAAUGCUCCUUCUGGCUUCACCGUUCCCAUUCGCGAAGUGCGCCUAUCUGCUGGAGCUGGUUUCCUAUACCCUAUUCUCGGAGACAUGCAGACCAUGCCGGGACUUGGCACACGGCCAGGAUUCUGGGAAGUCGGACUUGACCCACAAACUGGGCGCGUCGUCGGAUUGUUCUAG